ACUGGGCCUAAAGAAGACUAAUGGGCUUCAGGCCCGUUUCAUGUCAGGAAAAGACACUGUCGUUUUAGUCUGUGUGGGAAAUGAGAAAUGGUCAGAUAGAUCCUGCAAGAACCUAAACCUAACACUCGUUUCUUUGUCAUCAGAAAAGAUUCUCUGUCUCUCCGAUCCUCGUCGAUCUGAAGAAUCUCGGAGACCACUCACUUCAAUGGCGGAAUCUGUAGCUUCUCAAACUCCGUCGCUCUCCGAGCAAUAUCAUUUGGAGAAGGAAGUGAAGCAAGACACAAGCGCGAAGCCUGUCGAGGUUGCACCAGAGGUUACUUCUCAAGCUGAAGAGGUUAGCACCGACAAAGCCAGUGAAGAGUCUCCUGCUGAGGACAAGUCUGAGUCUCCUCCUGCUGCUUCUGAAGAGGCUCCUCCUGCUGUGGUAGAGGAAGAGACUCCUGCUGCGGUGGAAGAGAGUAAUGAUGGCAACGCUAGUGAAGAAGUUGUUGAGGAGACUCCUGAUGAGAUCAAGCUUGAGACGGCUCCCGCUGAUUUCCGUUUCCCGACAACUAACCAAACAAGGCAUUGUUUCACACGUUACAUUGAAUAUCACAGAUGUGUAGCUGCUAAGGGUGACGACGCUCCAGAAUGCGAUAAGUUUUCAAAGUUUUACCGAUCUCUUUGCCCCGGUGAAUGGGUUGACAAGUGGAACGAGCAAAGAGAGAAUGGAACUUUCCCUGGUCCUCUUUAAAACACUCUCCUGCCUGAAGAAGAAUCUUCUUUUGAUGUUACCUUCAUGAUGUCAGCUCCAAUUACACUGCAGAGUUUAAUAAGAUUUUACUGAACCAGCACUUUUGGUUCCCCAUCAUAAGAUGUGAGAAUUUAACAACUAUAAUCUCAAUUUUUUAUAUCUAUAUGUUCAUCUCAAGUUUUGAGGAUCUUCUGAUUUUGAAAUGUUGUUUCUGCCUGAUUAUAUGCU